CAUGCGCAGUGCCAUGUCUCGACACCAGGUGAUGGUUUGGGAAGAGGGUUUAGUAAUGCGCCAUGGCACGCCCUCGCAGAUUGCGUGAAGUAUGACCGCCUCUGCGCUGUCCUGUCCUGGGAAAUAACCGGUUGCACUUACCGUACUGGACGGGCGACCAUGGCUGGGAAAGAAAUAGCUGGACCCCACAUUACGAUGUCGAGUGGCAGUUGCAGCGCGGACCAGGGUACAAGCACUGCAGCCACUGAUCUAAACCAUGGCAGAGUCCCCGAAGAAACCAGGGAAGCAGCGUGGCACCAGCGAGAGAACCCGGCUGCCAACAGAAUUCAUAAGUGCCACGUUUGCCGGUGCCUUUUCACCAACAUGGAGGCCUUCGAAAAGCACGCCGCUGACCACUCGCUUGGGAAAAGCAAAAACUGUCCCGAGCGUGGCAAAUCGUUUAUGACGUCUUGGCUCCUCACCAGGCAUUUACUUUCGCACGGCGAACCACCCUUUGAGUGCGGCUUGUGCAGCCCAAAUUUUUAUAGAAAAGAUGGCCUCAAGAGCCACAUGCUUGCAUGGCACGUCGGUUCACAGGACUGAGAAGGCGUCGAAGGGUCUUCUUAGCACAGCAGCACGCGCCACGAAAUUGGUCGAGAACGUCAUGGAGCACUGUCGCACGUGACGGUGGCAUCGGCAUCGCUAGAGCCGGAAGUUCGCCCUGGAGGAGUGACUUCUCGGGAUGUCACCCUGGCGCCAAAAUCCGUCGUGUGUUUUCGCAGAAGAACUUGCGGUCUGGGGUUCAACUGUUCUAGCUGUGAGCUAAUUUUUUGACAAACAAAACUGGGCUAAUCUUAUUAAUUCUGACUACGGCUGACAAAUGCCUGCCAAUAAAGUUCUUACAGUGGUUAUCUCGAGGAA